AUGCACAGAAAAUUUAGUAUACUAGCAGUAACAUCUCAAGGGCUAGUUGUGGAUAGGGGUGGUUAUAGGAAAGGAAAGGUAGGCAUUGUCACUGGAAUGGUUGAAAUGAAAGGAAUCAUCGUUGGGAUCGUGGGCAGUGCAGCUGGGAGAGGAGGCAAUGUGGCUUUUGGAAUUGUUGGCAUGGUGGGUAGAGUUGGAUUUGGCAUGGUGCUUGGAAUUGGUAAGAUUGUUGUCUUUGGCAGAGUCGGGGCAGUCGGUAGUCUAGGCAAUGGAAUAGUUGGCAAUGGUGGCACUAUGGUUGUAGGCAAAUGUGGUAGUGUAGGCAGUGUGGGGAGUGCUGGUGCUACAAGUGGAGAG